AUGGCACACGUCUUCUCCCUUUUUCCAAACGCCAAACCAGGAUACGUCGAUGGCCGUCGACAGACAGAGACCGGCACCACCAAAUUCCCCAACACCUCCUUCUUUCGUGGGCCGCUCAAGCCGAACCGGAUCGAGGCUGACAUCUUUGAGCUCGAGACCAGCGGCGAGAUCCCUCGCAGCAUCGACGGCGUCUUCUUCCGCGUUCAGCCGGACUCGCAGUUCCCUCCGGUUUUUGAGGAUGACGUCCACUUUAGCGGCGACGGGAGGGUGAGCGCCUUCCGGUUCCAAGAUGGCCACGUCGACUGGAAGCAGCGCUACGUGCGGACCGACCGGUUCCGAGCGGAGAGGGCCGCCCGCAGGGCUUUGUUCGGCAGGUACCGCAACCCCUUUACCGACAAUGAGAUGGUCAAGGGCGUCAUCCGCACCGUGUCCAACACCAACGUUAUAUUCUGGCGUGGAGUCCUGCUCGCCAUGAAGGAAGACGGCCCGCCGUUCGCCAUGGACCCGGUCACGCUGGAGACCAUUGGACGAUAUGAUUUCGAGGGACAGGUUGACUCACCGACAUUCACCGCUCAUCCCAAGUUUGACCCUGUCAUGGGAGAGAUGGUUGCGUUUGCGUAUGCCGCGAGCGACGACGGCCAACACGCCAGCCGCGACAUUAUUGUUUGGACCUUUGAUGCUCAGACCGGCGAGAAGAAGCGGGAGCAUACGUAUAAAGCGCCUUUCUGCGGCAUGAUUCACGACGCCGCACUAACCGAGCAUUAUCUUGUAUUGCCGCUCACACCACUCAAGGCUAGCUUGGAGAGGCUUAGGAAAGGCGGCAAUCACUGGGCGUGGGACCCUGAGGAGGACCAAUUAUAUGGCAUCGUUUCCAGGAAAGGAGACAAGGAUAUCAUAUGGCUCAGGUCCAACAAUGCCUUCCACGGUCACGUUGCAGGAGCAUAUGAAGACGACAAGGGCCAUAUAGUUUGCGACUUGACCGUAGCCGACGGCAAUGUCUUUUACUGGUGGCCUCCUGAAAACUCUUCAUCAGGACCAAACACUCGUCAAAAGCUCAACGCAGACACUCACCGAUGGAUUUUUGAUCCCGAUAGCAAGUCUGGCACAUGUGUGGUGCCUGCAGAGCUGUAUGGCACCAAUGGAGAGUUUUCCCGGAUCGACGAGAGGUUCGUCGCGAAGAAGUAUCGCCACUUUUGGCAGCUGCAAAUCGAUUCUUCACGGCCCUACGACAUGGCCAAAUGUGGCCCGCCUGCAGGGGGUCUUUUCAAUGUCAUUGGUCAUUACGAUUGGGACGCACCCCUUAAUCAAGACGGCACUCGCUUCAAGGACGAGUAUUGGGCCGGUCCGACUUGUACAUUUCAAGAACCAGUAUUCGUGCCGAGAUCGCACGACGCAGCCGAGGGCGAGGGCUACGUCAUGGCGCUGGUCAAUCACCUAGACGUCCUGCGCAACGACAUUUUCAUAUUCGACGCGCUCGACCUCGCAAAAGGGCCGAUUGGCGCCUGUCACCUCCCACUGCACAUCGGGAUCGGCCUGCACGGGAACUUUGUCGACGAGGCUGAUAUGGCGUGCUGGAGGUCGGCCCGGGAAGCCAACGGUGACAUUGCCCCUGCGCGUCCUGCGAGCGAACCCCUGCCUUGGCAACGGGAAUUGAUUGUCCAAAACUGCUGCAAAAGGGAGUCAUCUAGAUAG